UAAAAGCAAGAUACAAAGCUGGCCAAACAACACAAACCACAAACCCCCACUCACGGUGAGUGACUCUCUCUGUAGAAUAAGCACGAUAGGGUUUCUUCCUCAAAGCAAGCCGAUGGAAAAUUGCGUCUCUCUGGCUCGUAAGUCUUGAUUUGGAUUUGUGCACCCUCUUCGAAUUUGGGGACCAAGAAGAGCUCCUCUGCAAUACCAAUCGAUAAGCCUCUCUGACUAAUAUUCGGUGAGAAAUGACCAAUGAAGCUGGUGGAAAUAGUUAUGAAGAUGCUCGCAACCAGAACAUUUUAAAUAACAAAAGAAAGCUGGAGGAGAUGGGGAUCUUAUCAUUGAGUAAAAAGUCUAUCCGAAAAAAACCAGUGAAUAGGGCUGGCAAAAUUGUUAGACCAAGAACUAGAGCAACUAGAAGUUUACAGGAUAUUGAAAUAGAAGAUCUGGUUGAAGGAGACACACCAACUAUGCCUGUCAAACCUCCUAUGAAUCUCCGCAAGAGAUCUCGCACAUAUAACGUUUUGUGUGAAAACGACAAUGAUGACAUUUUACUGGAAGAAGUCUGUGUGCGAAAUGGCAUUUCUCAAGAGCAACUAGGAAGUGAAGCUGAAAUUUUUCGAAAAGGGCGCGGACCAGCAAAGGGGCUUCAAACAAAGAAUGGUAAUAAACUUGAAGUCGAGUGGAAUGAGUAUUUGCAACCAGUGGGUGAGAACAAAAGCAAACUUGCAUCUUAUUUGGGAACCUUGGCACGUAAUGGAGUGAGACUACCUCUUUCAUUUGAUACAUGGAAAAAAGUUCCUCAAAGUAUGAAGGAUUUUAUUUGGAAAGAAGUGCAGAGCAAUGUUGUUGCCCCAGUUGCUUAUAAAAAAAUCUGUUUGCAAUCUAUUUCUGCACAAUGGCGUGAUUGGAAGUCUCGCGUGAAGGAGGAUUACUUUGAUAUUAAUAAAACAAAAGAAGAGAAUUUGUCUGCAACUCCCAGCCUCAUUACAGAUCAAGAAUGGGAAUUUCUUGUUGAAAAGUGGCACACACCAAUAGAACAGGAAAAUGCUGCCAAAAAUCAACGCAAUCGAACUUUUGUGGGUCCUCCACAUCGUACUGGAAGGAAGUCAUGCGCUGAUAUACGUUACGAGAUGGAGCAAGCUGGAAAAUCGACUGAUAAAUUGAGUGUCUACCUUGAAAUGAGGGUGAAUAAAGAUGGCAUGAUAAAAGAUCACCAAACACUUGAACAAAUUAAAGCAUUUGAUGAGCGAUUAGAUGAGCUAAAUGAGGAUGAGCGUGACUGUGUAGAAAAAAGAAAUGAAAUAUUUGAUGAAAUUAUGGGACCUGAAAGCCAUGGACGCUGCCGCACAAUGGGAACUGGACCAACCAAAUCUCAAAUAAAUAGCAAGAUGAGAGAGGAUGAAUCACUUGGCAACAAGGAGCAACUUAAGAAAGAACUAAUGGAAGAGGUCAAACAUCAUUAUGAGCCUAUAAUUGCUGAAUUAAACUCCAGAAUUGAUGACUUGACGGCCAAAUUGGAUGCCUCAAAAGAACAAGUAUUGGAGCAGCCAUGAUGGUCAUUCCAAAUUAUCAAUGAAACAUAUUUUGGGUGAAGUUGAAGGGAACAUGUCAUCCAAGAAUUUUUGAUUUACCAUGUACUUGACUUGCAAAAUACUCAUACUAAUUUUGGGCAAAAUACUCAUACUAAUUUUGGGGUAGUAGAUACAUUUUACUCGUACCCAAAACCUUUGUUCUACAUUUUCCCAUAUGUUAUGAAAUUACGUUUUGUUGAAUGACUUGGUUAUCAUUUUGAAGCAUAUGUG